UGCGGGGAGGAGGCGGCCCCGCGGCGGCCGUGCCUGAGGCCGGCUGAGGCGGCGGCGGCGGCCAUGGCGUACAGCGGGCUGGCCGUGCCCAUCGCGGCCGUCACCGCCUUCUGGGGGGUGGUCGGCGCCCUCCUGCCCUGGCUCGUCCCCAAGGGGCCCAACCGCGGUGUUAUCAACACGAUGCUGGUGACCUGUGCUGUUUGCUGCUACCUGUUUUGGCUGAUUGCGAUUCUGGCUCAACUCAACCCUCUCUUUGGGCCGCAGUUAAGCAAUGAAACAAUCUGGUACCUCAAAUAUCACUGGCCUUAAGGACGGCUGCCCACUGCUGCAAUUUAUUGACCAGGUAAAGAAGAGAUUUCCUGCAGAUGAAAAAACUCCACAGAUCCAAAGAUGCCCUUAACGUAGCUGGUUGGAUACCAAGCCUGCAUUAAUGCCUUAAUACUUGUAUUGUGCUUUAAAUGGCUUGUUAAAAGCCCUCUAUUUUUUUCCUACUAUACUGUUUAAGAGUGUGCCUAAUACAAUUUCUAACUCCUCUUCAGUACUGUACAUUUUUAUCUGUUACCUUCAGGUGUGAUUAAAAUUUCUGAUGUUUCUUACAGAGACAUAGCUUCCCUGUUCACUUUACUCUGUAGGAACACUAGCUAGAGGUUUGUCGUCUGUGCUGUUCGCCUCUGUUCUGUUUGACUGCACUUGGAAAAAAGUGUGCAAUGAAACUGAGGAGAAGAGAAAUAAUGCUGCCACAUGUUGAUUGCCUUUUUUUCUUUUAAGUGAGUUAUGUUUUGGGGAAAUUGAGCCUUAAAUUUCUCGUACUUGGAAAUAAAACUAAUCCUUUGCUUUAUACAAAA